CCACAGUCUGAGAAAUCAAAAUAAUCAUAAAAACAAAAUAAAUUAAGAAAUCGCAAUAAUGGGGAGUUUUAUAAGCAGAUUAAAUAACCAGCUUAACAACAUUACAGUAGAAGAGACAGAAGCAACAAAUAACUACAAAUAUCCUCCAAAAUCAGGAAAUUUUUUUGCAUCGUCGUUUAUCAUGGGUGGAGAGCGAUUCGAUCAAGCUGUUCCAGAAUCAUAUCUCUUUGGUGAGAACACUGACCUUAAUUGGCUAGGAUCGAAACCAAUAGCAUUUCCUUAUUUGCCACCGAAAAAUUCGGAACCAACAAAGACUCUUAAAAGUCUUGUGAACAUACGAAAAGAAUCUGUAAAGUUUGUUAAAAUUGAAGACAGUGAAGAGAAAGGCUACAACAUUGAGUUCAUCUUCGACGCUGAUAUGAAAUGUGCAAUAAAAAUUUAUUAUUUCUGUACAGAAGAAAUAACAACAAACACCAUCUCUUAUUUGCCUCGCGAUACAGCCACAACUUCAGAAACAUUUUACUACCAAAAAGGUGCAAAUCAAGUCUUUUCACAACCAACUCAUGUAUUUAUUCCAAGUAAAUAUUCUGAUGAAGACAUGCAAUAUAAUCCAGAGAAAGACAUUUAUCCGAUUGUCAUUCACUGCAUAAUUGACGAGAGUAAUGACAGUAUGAUGCAUUCUCACACAUCAAUUUGUGUCGUUGAUCAUCAUACAACGGAAGGCGACUAUCAUUUAAGAGCAAUGAAACAGAAAAUAUUUGUCGAUGGAUUGUGUUAUUUACUGCAAGAGAUCUAUGGAAUUGAGAACAAAAACUUAACGCGACCAACAACAGAUGAUGAUGAAGAUAAUGGAUCUGAGUGUGUGAUUUGUAUUUGUGAGCCGAGAGACACUCUCAUCCUCCCAUGUCGACAUUUGUGUUUAUGUAACAGCUGCGCUGAUUCUCUUCGGUAUCAGGCUAAUAAUUGUCCGAUAUGUAGAGCGCCAUUCAGAGCUUUGUUACAAAUACGAGCUGUUCAGAAGUCAAACACACCAGUUAUCAAUAUAAAUCCACAAGAUAGUAAUGAAAAUAUUCCCAUGGGCUACAUGCCAAUUCCUUUAAUUGAAGCACUUAAUGGCCCCGGCUAUAAGCGCAACAGUAUUGACCGUAAAGACACAAUCGAAGCUCUCAACAAGGAAAGUGAUCAGAAAACAAGUCCAGCAAAUUCCUUAAAACGAAAUUCCAAAGAAAGAAUUAGCGGAUCAACAGAAUUCCGAAUGUCGGUGCUUUUAUCUAACGAGGAAAAUUCGGAUUUAUUAAAUAAAAGAUCACCGACAGUCACACGAUCGUCAAGCAACAACAAAGAAAAGAAAACAAUUUCAAGAAGCUCAUCAAACCGUGAUCGUGAUUGUGUUAAGUACAUAAACGAGAAAAGUUCAAGCAAUGAUUUGGAUGAUGACAGUGAAGCAGAGAAGUUAUCUCCACUGCUGAUAACUGAUGAUAGAACAUCAGGAAAGAGUUUACGAGUGAAUGCGGUUGAAGAUUCGGUUGAUGACACGGAUGAGGACAAAGCAACAAUGAUGACAGAAGAAGUUGAAACGAAAGCUGAUGACUCAGAUUAUUACACACCGGAAGAUCCGCACACAACAAUUUUAAGUCCCGUUAAAUCUCCAUCAGCUCAACUUGAGAAAAGAGAUAUCGUCACACCUUUAGCAGCUAUCAAAGAUACUGAACUACCUGAUAGUCCAAUUUCUGGGAAUUCUCAAGUCUCAACACGUAGUUCAGGAGGUGAAAGUUACAGUUCGAGUUCGUCAACGAGACAACUUUUGUCAGUUCCAGCAGAGUCCAAUAAAACAGCCGAAGGACAAACAAAGAUCUAAGAAAAUGAUUAACAUUUGUUAGUUUGUGAUUAAGUAUUGCAUUGGCGAGUAAUUUGUUCUUCUUGUUUUAGUUGGUUGUGAUGUUGAAAGGGAAAGCAACUCACAGCUAAAAGCCAAGAAGAAUAAAAUAACUCAUUGAAUUUCGAGACAAGCAGGUCGUUUCUCAAUGUAAUUAAAAAUAUAUUUUAAUUAAUAUUGAAUCUGCUAAGAUUAAGAUUUAUGGCAUUUUAUUCUCAUUAAUUGAUGAUGAUAAGGAAGAAAAUAUUGCAAUUUAUUUCUUAAAAUUAAAAAAACAGAAAAUAUUUGGAAAAUAUGAAAUAUUAAAGAAAAUUCUUUUGAAGUAUUUAAUUAUUUUAAAAAAAUUCUCAUAAGAGAAAAUUAGAAAGUUCUUCACUUAAAUUAGCUUCUGAUGUUGGUCGA